AUGCCAAGUUUCUGGACUCGCCAGCCCGGCACGGCUCUGUACACAGCCUUCUUUGUGGCAUUCACGUUGCUGCGAUUGCCCUGGCUGUCUACCCUCUAUCUGUUCCCAUCAUUGCGUCCAAACUCCUCCUGGACGUUUCGGCAAUCGCUAAGCCGCACACUCUUCGUGUACUUCGGGAAAUUCGUGGCAAAGAUCGAGCUCAAACCGCCGCCCCUCCUCCAGGCGGGAAACGAGAAGGACCGCUUUGUCAUUGCGCAGCCUGCUAGGAGCGAGCUGUAUCGUGACAUCCUGCUUUGCGACCCGCUGAUUCGCCCAGGCCUCGUUGGUGCGGUCUGGCACACUGAACCCAUCACCCGUCCGGGGCAGCACCGAAGAGGGCAGCGCGUCUUCUUCCACGUCCACGGGGGUGCUUACGUCAUAGGAGACGGCCGUGAUAUAGGCAUCAGGUUCAUGAGCUCUCUGCUGCUACGGUCAAGCCCAGGGUGCGCAAUCUUCUGCCCAGAGUAUCGUCUCUCCUCUGCGCCGGAUGGUCGGUUCCCCGCCGCUUUCCAGGACGCGGUCACGGCCUACUCCUAUCUCGUCCAUGAGCUGCAGAUCCCCCCACAGGAUAUCGUUCUGUCGGGCGACUCGGCCGGAGCUCAUCUCGCGAUUGCGCUGCUGCGCUACGCCAACUCCAAUCCGGAUAUCCUGCCGGAGCCCGCGGCCCUGCUGCUCUGGAGCCCGUGGCCUGACAUGAUGAUCGAGGUCGAUGUCGCCGACGAUCGUCCCGCCACUCACGUCGACCAUGUGGCGCCGCAGCUCAUCGCCUGGACGUAUCGGGAGUUCCUCCCACGCGCUGAGGCAGGGGUUGCCCGUAGCAACCCGUAUAUCUCGCCCGUCACCGCCGGUAUUCCCACCAAAGUUCCGAUCUGGGUACAGUGGGGCAGUGCCGAAGUAUUGGUGCCAGAGAUCAAGAACUUCGUAAAGGUGCAGGAGUCGUCCCAGUCCCGGCAUAUCAGCAGCGGGACGAAAUCCCGCGUUGGGACGUAUGAAGUCGCACAUGCACCCCAUGACAUCCUCACUCUGGCACCCAUGAUUGGGUGGAAAGAGGAGGCGGCCAAGGCGGUUGAAAAGGCAGUUCAGUUUCUGGACGAAUGGCUGCUACAGGAUAGGGUGUAA